GACACUACGUCGUGCGCGCCUCGCGUUUACACGAGUGAGAGAAAAAAAUGUUUGACGUUCGCAGUGUUUGUGACAAGAGAUUGAUGAUGUUUUUAAAUCCUCAUCUCUCAAUAUUCGUAAGAGAUAUCAGUUAUUCCAGGAGAUUUUUAUGAAUGAAGAUAAGCCAUUAAGUUAUCAUGUGGAAAUCUGGCUGGAAAUCGCGGAGAGAUGACCGAUAACGCGACGUGUCGUUAUACCUAACCUACAAAUCGACUGCUCGCGCGAGAACAUGAACCCUAUGCGAUGUCCCGGCAUAUAUUGUGGCCGGCAGUUAUUGCCGGACGGGAAUUGGAGCGAAUGCGGCGCCUGUCCUCGCGGUUUUCGCGUCAAUGCCUCGUCGGCGUGCGUACCUUGCGAUGAUGCGCCCAUAUUCUACGACUGGCUCUACUUGGGUUUCAUGGCCCUGCUGGUCCUUGUGCUGCACUGGUUCUGCAUCGACAAGGUCUCCAAGCGCCGCAACAUACCCAAGGAGGUGAUCGCCCUGCACCUGUCGGCAUUGCUGGAGAUAUUGUUGGCGUCCCUCAUAGCGUUGCAGUUGACAGAUCCUAUUGGUACAUUCACCAUCAAGUCGUGCAGCGCGAAGAGACUGUCGGACUGGUACACGUUGCUGCACAAUCCUAGUCCUAAUUAUGAAGCGACUCUGCAUUGUACACAGGAGGCGGUUUAUCCCUUGUAUACUAUAGUCUUUAUUUUCUAUGCCCUAGGAAUAAUUCUGAUGAUACUCAUAAGACCGUUAAUAGCUAAGAAAUUUCUACCAAAGCAGGGCAAGCUCUCUAUCUAUGCAGCUCUAUACUUCUACCCAAUCUUGGCAUUGCUUCAUGCAGUGGGUGGAGGUUUAAUAUAUUAUUCAUUUCCGUUUAUCACUAUAAUCUUGUCGGUUCUGUCGAAUGCGGCGCACUUUGCGUUUAAACUGAACCAGAGGAUGAAGUCGUUGUUGCUGAGUUCCGUCUCGGAUAUAAAGAAUGUGAUAGUGAUUUUAGGUCAUUGGCUGUUGCACGCGUACGGCGUAAUUGCAAUCGCUACUCUUCGUGGGAUCAACAUUCAUCCCGCGAUGUUAGCUUUAGUACCGUUACCCGCCUUGUUUUACAUUGUAACUGCGAGAUUCACUGAUCCCCAUAAGCUCAACAUUGAAUGAAAUAAAUCUUGUAUAUCUUUUG